CCUGGCAUCACUGGGCCUUUCUGCACAUGUAGUGAUCUGGUGGCCUGGGAUUUCUGAAUCGUAUGUUCAUACAGCUUGCUGUGCACGUGGGCAUGGACACUUCCACCAAGGCCAUCUUCCUGGAGCAGUGCGGUAAGAACCGAGGCUACCGGGAUUCAGACGUAAGAGGCUUCCGGCCGGAGGAUGGAACAUGCCUCCCAGGUGGCCCUGAAGUGAUGCUGUCCGUUGUCAACAUGAAGGAGGUCUGCCGGCAUGUUGCUGUUGAAGAUGUAGAAGUGGCCUUUUCCCGAGAUGCCGGCAGGUACGUCUGUGAUUACACCUACUAACUGUCUCUGCACCUUGGGACUGGGUAUGCGGCGCUCAUCCACGUCCCUCCUCUGUCGCACCGGCUCUCAGCCAGCCUUCUGGGCAAAGCCUUGCAAGUCAUCAUUCAAGAAAUGCUGGAAGAAAGUGGGAAAGUCCAGGCUCAAAGUACAGCAGCUUGA